AAAGCAUCUAUACCAAUGGAAGGCCUGACCACAUCCAGGAGAGAUUAUGGGCUUCACAAAAUGUUACCGGUGAAUUUCCACCAGCAUGACCCAUAUGUUCGGAGUGAAGAGACUAUGGAUUUACUCACAACGUAUAAACACGAUUUUAACUACCUCCCUACCUGUCCAGUUGGCCUCAUCAAACCUCGGGACAGUAAAUUUCCGAAUGGUGACAAGAUAAUACAGUAUCUGCCUACCUACAAAGUUGAUUAUUUACCCUGGAACCAACCAAGACGGGAGCUUCUUCGUCCGCCACACAAAUACCGGCCAGAGUCUGCCAAGUUUGAAAACAGAACCACACAUCAGGAUGACUAUACCAUGAAAGGCCUUGUGACUACUGUGAGCUGUAAGCCCCCAGACAAGCCAAAGCUUUACAACAUCCCCUUGGAAGAUUUGACUAACUACAAGAUGAGUUAUGUGCCCCACCCCGUGGAGAAGCGCUUUGUUAAAGAGGCAGAGAAAUUUAUACCCUGUGAUAUCCCCUUUGAGAACCGGACCACCCACAAAGAGUCCUUCAGAGGCCUGCUAGGGGAGCCUGCCAAGAGCACAAAACCUCCAGCCAAGUUCCCUGUACAUGAUGCACCUUUCGGGAACAUCACUGAGGUUCAGGAGAAAUUCCAAGCUUGGCCAACGCCCCAGAGAGUUCCCAAAGCUCCCGUCGAGUAUGUCCCUCCUGAGGAGAAGAUGGAUCUUCUGACAACUGUGCAGACCCACUACAAACACCUCAAGGGUAGUCCUGCUAUAACUUGCCGACCCGUGCCUUCUGUUAAGAAGAGCGGCCGCUUUGAAAGCUCCACCACCUCCAAGGAUGACUUCAAGCAGUGGGCAGCCGUGAACACAAAGCCCAUCAGACCCGUUCCCCACCUGAACUUGCCUGUUGAGCCUUUGGACUGCCAGACCACCACUAAGACGUGCUAUGUGGCUCAUCCGCCUAUCAUUACUGAAAACUACAAGCCCGCCUGGAUUGGCCCUCGAAGAAACAUCCCUGUAGAGGGUCAGACUACUUACUCCAUUAGCUUUACCCCCAAGGAUCUGGGCAAGUGCCCAGCAUCAUACAUGGAGCCCCCGGGCUAUAUCUUUGAGGAAGUGGAUGCUAUGGGGCACAAGAUAUAUAGGUCAAUUUCUCAGACAGGUUCUAGGCAGAACAGCUCUAUUUCCAUACACGAUGCAGAGAAGCCUGGUCAGAAGGAACUAGAAAUGUCAGCUUGA